GUUGAUAUUAUUGUCAUUUGUUUCGAGAUAAUUUAUUUUAUGUUAUGCACAACAUAAAGAAAUAUUUCACAGAUGCCUAUAAAUCAAAUUGAAAGUUUAGUAAGCUGGGCAUCGGCCAAGAGAUGAAGCCUGCAGCAUCUCUCCUCUUCUUUCUAUACCUCAUUGUGUUUGUUUUAAGCUCAGCGUCACGAGCGAGUAAUAUCAAGCUUAAACGGAGCCGAUUUCCGAAGGGAUUCAUCUUCGGUACUGCGUCCUCAGCCUAUCAGCAGUAUGAAGGUGGUGCCAAGGAAGGUGGGAGGGGGAUGAGCAUAUGGGACACCUUCACUCACGAACAUCCAGAAAAAAUUAUCGAUAGGAGCAAUGGGGAAAUUGCGAUUGACUCAUAUCAUCGAUAUAAGGAAGACGUAGGCAUCAUGAAAGAAAUGGGUCUGGAUGCUUUUAGAUUCUCCAUAUCCUGGACACGUAUUUUCCCCAAUGGAAGCCAAAGUGGGGGAGUGAAUAAACAAGGCAUUGAGUACUACAACAAUCUCAUCGAUCAGCUCUUAGCCAAUGGGUUGAAGCCCUUUGUGACAUUAUUCCACUGGGACUCUCCCCAAUUUUUGGAAGAUCAAUAUGGAGGUUUCCUGAGUUCCCAUAUUGUGGAUGACUUCAGAAACUAUGCAGAAACUUGCUUUAGAAAUUUUGGGGAUCGAGUAAAGCAUUGGAUCACCUUCAAUGAGCCAUGGAGCUAUAGCAUUGGGGGAUAUGGUUUAGGGUUUUUAGCUCCAGGAAGGUGCUCUAACUGGGAGGAACAACGAUGCAGCAAUGGUGACUCUAGUAAGGAGCCGUACAUUGUGGCACAUCAUCAGUUGUUAGCCCAUGCAGCCGCGGUGUUGGUUUACAAGAGAAAAUAUCAGCCAUUUCAGAUGGGGAAAAUAGGCAUAACAUUGGUAUCGAAUUGGAUGAUCCCAUACUCCAACUCAAAGUCCAAUAGAGAGGCAACUGACAGAGCUUUAGAUUUCAUGUAUGGAUGGUUCAUGGAUCCAUUGACAAAAGGUGAUUAUCCAUUGAGCAUGAGAGUGAAUGUUGGAAAUCGACUACCUAAAUUCACCAAGAAGCAAUCAAAAAUGGUCAAGGGAUCCUAUGAUUUCAUAGGGGUUAAUUAUUACACAGCAAGAUACAUCUAUGAGCUUCCUAGGUACCAUAAUGUUCACAAGAGCUACAACACCGAUUCAUGGACCAAUUCAACAGUGUUGAGGAAUGGAAUCGCAAUUGGACCAAAGGCAGCUUCACCUUGGUUGUACAUCUAUCCAAGAGGUAUAAAGGAUCUCUUACUCUACACAAAGACUAAAUACAACAAUCCUCUAAUCUAUGUCACUGAAAAUGGAGUCAGUGAAAUCAACAAUGCUACAUCAUCAGUUAGAGAAGCUUUAAAGGACAAUUUGAGAGUAGACUUCCACCGGCGACACAUUUCAUGUGUCUUAGAAGCUAUCAGAGAAGGAGUCAAUGUAAAAGGAUAUUUUGCAUGGUCAUUGUUGGACAAUUUUGAAUGGAUGGAUGGGUACACUAUUCGAUUUGGAAUCAACUAUGUUAACUACAAUGACAACUUGAAGAGACUUCGCAAGAGUUCAUCCUUUUGGUUUCAGAAACUCCUCGCCAGUUAAUUAUUUUUCUCUAUGUCUCAGUUGUAUGCUAGCUUAGUAAUAAAAUGCAACCCUUGGACUUGACAGAGAUGAUAAAUGUAUAGUAGUUUGUUUGUAGUGGACAGGGUUUGAGUCUCAAGGAAUAUAUUGUUUGUGUUUGUCCUACCAUACACUUAACACCUAUGCUUCUGAUGAAUCUCCUUCUGUCGACAUGGGGUCGUCGCGUGAAGGCCAUUAAUGUGAUCUAUAUAUAUUCUUUUUAA